CCUAAGGUUGCAGAUAAGCUCACCUUUGCCCUAUUUCACUGCUGUACAACCAAAUCUCAGAUGGCAAACGCGGAAGUACCAGGAAAGGAAAUACCCAGUGUAACGAAAAAAUACUUACAAUUUACACAGAAGUCUAUGAAAUUGAGCCCAGUGACAGCAAUUCCAGGAAUAGGCAAGACCACUGGAAAAGAGAUGAGAAAAAAAGGUUUUGAUUUGGCUUCCAAAGUCCUGGGAAAGUUCUUGAUAGAUGAAUCCGGUUUUAAGGAAUGGGUAGGAACCUUUGGGGCUGAUAAAGGACAACAGAAAGCUUGCUUUGAUGGUAUGAAGGACUGGUGCGGAAACUUUUUAUAAUAAAGUUGACUUGAAUAGAAUUAAAGAGCUAUUUUUGAAUUGCAUUUUAGACUCGGUCAUGGAUUAUUAACGUAUAACUUUACAAUUGUAUUGUUAUGAUAAAUGUAUUUCGGAUGUUAAAAUAAAUGAUGGAUUUAUAAAAAAAAACAUUUGGGUAAAAUAUGUUAACUUGAUAUACAUGCAAUAUGUUUGUCUUUAGAUAAUGAUGUUAAUCUAAACAUGAAUGGCAGCUUUACUUAUCAAAAUUUAACGAACUUUCUGGUUUUUUUUAUUUGGACAAGAGAUAAAUCGACAAUGAGUUAAUAUCACUACAGACAAUACCAAAUACAUGUACGUACAUGUACAUAUAAUUUUUACGCAUGUGUAUAGUAGACUAGAAGACAUCUUUAAGAGGUAUUCAGUAUGUUACACUGUACCGCAAUCUACAUUAAUUUUAUGUUGUUUUUUUGUAUUUGAAACGAAAGCUAAAAAUUAAUCUAUUGAAACAAUUAUCAUACCUAUACUGAAUUAAAUUUUGAAAAUUGAAUAAAAUCUUUCAAUCUUUCUUUUUAACCACUUUUUACUAAAAUAUGAACAGAAGUUAGGUGGCAAGGGAUAGUAAAAACCUGGUUAUUUAAAAAAAACAAAACUGUGUAUUCAUCAUGAUGUCGAACAUAUAACUAUUAAUUUAGUCAUGUGGGUAUUGUAGAUAUGUGAACUCAUGUGAAAUUAAGAAUGUUUGUCAGUUGCAGAGGAAAUUAAGUUGGAUAAGUAAGGCUAAGACGAAUAUGUCAUUCUCAGAGAAGAGGUGAAUGAUUACAGAUUAAAAUGUGAAUUUUCAUUACGACAGGCAUCGAUUUUCAUAAUGCUGGUGUUUUAUCUCUCAGAGAAAGCUAUUAUCUAGAAAAUAAAGGGACUGAAUUUGUACUUUAUACAUGAAUAAAU